AUGAGCAAUCAGGAAGUGACUUAUUGCUCCUUGAGAUUUGUUCAGUCUCCUUCAGAGUCACAAAAUAGAUUAAGGCCUGGUGGUACUCAAAGGCCUGGGAAAACUGAUGACAAAGAGUUUUCAGUGCCCUGGCUUCCCUUCGUAGUGACUCUUGGGAUUCUCUGUUUACUUCUUUUGGUGACAGCCACAGUGUUGGGGACAAUGCUUUUUCAGCGUAUUCAAGAAAAAUAUCAACAGGAGGAAAUUCUACGAAACCUCAGUCAAAAGUAUGACAUUAUAAAAAAUGACAACUACUUAAAGGAGCAACUUUUGAUAAAUAAGACUUUAGAAUGCGACGUUCUCAGAAAUGAAACCCUUCAUCAGAAAAAGGAACUGGACUCACUCUUUGUAGAAAAGAUGAGAUGUCACAUAAAACAAGAGAUCUUUUCAAAGUCUUUGCAAAAUACAGGUAAACUCAAUGAAGGCCACUGGUCCUGUUGUGGAGUAAACUGUUAUUAUUUUACCAAUGAAAUUAAAGACUGGAAGGGAUGUAAAAAGACUUGCCAACGUUACAAUUUAUCUCUUUUGAAGAUAGAUAAUGAAGAUGAACGGGCGUUCAUUCAACGCCAGGCUUAUCAAAAUACCUACUGGAUUGGAUUAUCAUAUAAUGCAAAGGAAAGUAAAUGGAAAUGGAUUGACGAUGGCAUGUCUUCUGGAACUAAUUUUACAAUGAAUUUGCCUUCUGGGAGAGGAGGAAGAUGUGCAUUUUUAACCUCAACUAGAAUAACAAAUACUGAGUGCUCUAAUGCCUAUUAUUGUAUCUGUGAGAAGAGAAUUGAUUGUGUUUUCAACGACUGCUUCAACUGACGCAGAAGAAACGGAGGACUUAUUCCAUUGUGGAAACAGAGAUGAGUUAGAAGAGGAAGAAAAUACUCUUUUGGACUAUGAUUUAAGAGAUCAGAUGCUGUCUGUCUUCUUGGGGAAAAGGGGAAGAUUUUGUUUUUGGAAAGCAGUUACUCUCUAACGACCCUGAGAAAUUCUUUCUCUUUCCCUGAACCACCCACAGAGCCGAUGAGAGAACCAUGAUAAAGAGCCUGGGUCUUUUCCUUAUUAAUAGGAUAAAUCAUUUCAAUAGCCUCUGGCUUUGAGAGAGAGCACAAUUAAGAACUAACAAAUUGUUUUCCUGCCCCUGCCCUCCAAUCUAUGUGCUUACUUCUCAUUAAAAAAACAUUUUUUGAUUUUUCUAUAAUUUCAAACUUAUUGACUAGUUGAAACAAUCGUACAAGGAACUCUGAUAUAACCUUUACCCAUAGUUCCCAUUUGUUUAUAUUUAGCUCUAGG